AUGGCAACAAAGCGUGGACGUGGUGGUGCCUCGGGCAACAAGUUCCGUAUGACUCUCGGUCUUCCUGUAGGUGCCGUAAUGAAUUGCGCCGAUAAUUCUGGUGCCAAGAAUUUGUACAUCAUUGCAGUUUGCGGAAUCAAGGGACGUCUGAACCGUCUACCCGCCGCUGGUGUAGGUGACAUGGUACUGGCCACGGUGAAGAAGGGUAAGCCGGAUCUUCGCAAGAAGGUCAUGCCCGCUGUGGUCAUCCGUCAACGCAAGGCUUGGCGCCGUAAGGACGGUGUAUUCCUUUAUUUUGAGGACAAUGCCGGUGUGAUAGUCAAUCCCAAGGGUGAGAUGAAGGGCUCGGCCAUUACUGGCCCCGUGGGUAAAGAGUGCGCCGAUUUGUGGCCACGUAUCGCCUCGAACGCUGGGUCCAUUGUUUAA